UCCCAUCGGAGUCUACAUGUGAACGCCUCACACUCCUCUCCGUCUGCUCUCCGUCAGGUCCUCAGAGGUGAAACAUGAGCACCUUCGUGACUCUCUCCACGGGGCAGAGGAUGCCCUUGGUCGGGCUCGGCACAUGGAAGAGCGCUCCAGGACAGGUGAAGCAGGCAGUGCUGGCAGCUUUAGACUGUGGGUACAGACACAUUGACUGCGCUGCUGCGUACAGCAAUGAGCAGGAGGUGGGAGAGGCUCUGGCUGUCAGGCUCGGCCCAGGGAAGGCUCUACGUCGCGAGGACGUAUUUAUAACAUCCAAACUGUGGAACACCAAACACGACCCAGAGGAUGUUGAGGCGGCGUGCAGGACCACUCUGGCCCACCUGGGUCUCUCUUAUUUGGACCUCUACCUUAUGCACUGGCCCAUGGCGUUCCAGCGUGGGAAGGAGCUGAUGCCUCGACGGGAGGAUGGGAGUAUUUGUUACUCUGACACACACUACAGUGACACUUGGGCAGCCAUGGAGAGCCUGGUGGACAAAGGUCUGGUCAAAGCUAUAGGAGUGUCCAACUUCAACGCCAGGCAGACUGAUGACAUCAUUAGCGUGGCCAGACACCCACCGGUGGUGAACCAGGUGGAAUGCCAUCCAUAUUUGUCUCAAGCAGACCUCCUGUCUCACUGUCGGUCAGUGGCAGUUUGCGUGACAGCUUACAGUCCCCUGGGUAGCGGGGACAGACCCUGGGCCUCUCCUGGUGAACCAAGUCUGCUGCAGGAUCCUCGACUUGAAGCUGUAGCCCAGAGGUACCAGAAAACACCUGCCCAGGUCAUACUCAGGUGGCACGUGCAGAGAGGCGUCGUGUGCAUCCCUAAGAGUGUGACACCCUCCAGGAUCCAGCAGAACCUGCAGGUGUUUGACUUUUCCCUGUCAGAGGACGACAUGAAGCUGAUCGAAUCCUUCAACUGCAACGAGCGCUUCAUCGUUCCAUCAGUCGAGAGGGAUGGCAAGAGAGUGUGGAGAGAUGCAGAACAUCCUCAUUUCCCCUUCCAUGAUCCCUACUGAGUCUACACACGGGAGAGCGUGUCUUAUGAUUGUCACAAACUGUACACUGCAGAAACCACAUUUCUACACUGAAUUAAAAUGCUAUCAAAACAGAUGUUCCUCUUUGGGAUGGGUGGCAUUACAUUGGUAAUAUUCAAGUGACUAAAUUUGCCAGGAAAACAGAUAAGAACGUGUUCUGCUAGGUGCACAUUAACUGAGAUUCCAGUGAGGGGAGAAAAAUCAUUUUCUAAUGAUACCAUUAUUCAUUGCCUUCACUAUUCUUUCACUGCCAGAGUGACACUGUGUGGUCGGUCACAGAACUGCCCGUCUGCCAAAUGUCACAAGCUUUGAUCACAUGGUGCCUGCAUGUCUGGCAGAGUGAAGACAUCAUCACUGAAUCAUGGCAGCAGCACUGCUCCCACGGCCUAAAUUUAGCAAUUCAUUCUACCUGAUGUCGAAAAGUAUCAUUUCAUUCAUGAAGUGAAAAUUCCAGCCAAAUUCUUAAGGUUUCUUGUCGGUCUCUACUCAAAGAGAUAAAAUGACAAGCACUCAUAUAGAGCACUGCUUUAUGUCCACAUAUAUUCUCAUAACUUUUCCCUACUAAAUGUAAAUUUUCUUUGAAUCUAAAAUGCACUUACUAUUGUCAGUAAAUAUCAAUUCUGAAUGUUCUAUAUCUGUACUAGCUGUGUUUGGUUAAUAAACAUAUACACUAUUGAA